GUGCCAUACGAUACCAUCCCUUCGAUCGACCGCAAUAUUAUAGCGCAAACCCUCACGAGCCGAUCCGAAACUCACAUUUCGUGUCCAUAUCAACGUUAAAAAAAGAAAAACGUCCCAUCCCAUCCCAUAACAACCCCGCGAAACAAAAUGGUCGCCGACGCCGUCGUAUACCACCCCACGGUGGCGCACUACCUGAAGUUCGUGGCGACGACGGUGGGGCGCGACAAGCUGCUGCGCACGCUGCAGUACUUCUCGCGCUUCUACGCGUGGUACCUGUACCGGACGAACGGGACCAAGGCCGAAGUGGCGCCCUACGAGGCCAUCAAGAAGCAGUUCGGCCUCGCGCGCAAGCUGCUGCGCGUCGGCAAGAACGUCGAGCACUUCAAGGCCGCGGCCCAGGCCGCCGACAACAAGGCCGGCGUGCCCGACGCCGUGCUCCGCUACGCGGCGGUGGGUAGGCAGUUGGGCUAUGCUGGGUACCUUACCUUCGACGCGGCGACGGUGCUCGAUUCGCUCGGUGUGAGGAAGUGGGAGGGCGCGAAGAGGGCGCAGAGGGAGGCUUAUCGCUUUUGGGCUAUGGGCCUGCUGUGCAGUGUCGUGGCUCAGGUGUAUACUUUGUACCGGCUGAGGGAGCGCGAGGCGAAGGUCGAUAAGAAGGAGGGCGAGGGCGUGGUGGAGAGUAAGAGGAUUGUUUUGGAGCGCGCCGCGAGCCAACUGCAGCUCCUGUCGGAUCUCUGCGAUCUGACGGUCCCGACGGCGGCGCUGGGAUGGGUCGGGUUCGACGACGGGUUCGUCGGCCUGGCGGGCACGGUGAGCAGUUUGAUCGGCGUGUAUUCGCAAUGGAAGAAGACCGCGUAAGGAGUCUCGCGAGGCAUUGGAUCAGACGGAUAACUCGGUUAGAGCGUUUCCGGAAAGGAAGAAGUGGUCUGGAGAAGGGUAUCAACG